AUGAGAAGAGUCGUAAUCACCGGAUUAGGAGCCAUAACUCCUCUUGGUUGUGGAGUGGAAAGGACGUGGACAAGAUUGCUUCAAGGAUUGUCUGGUAUUACUUCUUUGAAAGAAAAACCAGGAUUUGAAUCUCUGCCAAGUCAAGUAGCAGGCUUGGUACCCAGAGGCACUAAUGAAGGCAGAUGGAAUCCCCAAGCUUAUAUCGGUCAGAGUAAACUACGCGAAACUGCAGCAUUUACUCAAUUUGCUUUAGCGGCUUCUGCUGAAGCUCUCGCUGAUGCUAGAUGGAUUGAUAUUACUGACGAAGAAAAAGAAGCUACUGGUGUAUGUUACGCGACUGGAAUGGGUAAUUUAGAGGAUGCCAUUCAGCAAAACGACAUUUUUGUCAAAAGCGGGAUACGAAAAAUCUCUCCCAGGAUUAUAACCAAAGUUUUAAUGAAUAUGCCCGCAGGAUAUAUAUCUCAGAAGUAUGGUUUUCGGGCCUGUAACCAUACUGUAAGCACCGCCUGCGCUGCUGGCUGCCACGCCAUCGGUGAUGCUUACAAUCUGAUUAAACUUAACCAAGCCAAUGUAAUAUUAGCGGGUGGCUCUGAAUCAUGCAUCAAUCCUUUUGUUUUAGCUGGCUUUAGCAAAGCCAGGAGUUUAUCUACGAAAUUUAAUGAUGAUCCAUCAAAAGCCUCUCGCCCCUUUGACUCGGAAAGAGAUGGCUUUGUCAUUGGAGAAGGUGCCGGAGCUUUGGUACUUGAAGAACUCGAGCAUGCCAAAGGUAGAAAUGCGAAGAUUUAUGCUGAAGUCCUUGGCUUUGGUCAAUCUGCCGAUAACUAUAAUAUCACGGCACCAAAUCCGAAUGGAUCGUCUGCGUACACAGCGAUGAAAAAGGCUUUAAAAAAUGCGAAUGUGUCUCCUCGAGAAUUGGAUUACAUUAAUGCUCAUGCUACCUCUACUAAGCUUGGUGAUGCGUCUGAGAGUAGAGCCAUUGCAACUCUUUUGAAAGAAGAUGGCAUGGACCCUCAAUCCGUUUCUGUUUCGAGCUCUAAAGGCUCCAUUGGACACCUUUUAGGAGCUGCUGGAGCGAUUGAAUCAAUCUUUACGAUUUUGGCUGUUCAUGAAAAAACUAUUCCUGCCACUCUAAAUUUUCAAAAAACCGACAUUCCAGAAGAAGAUCGGUGCGAUUACGUUCCUAACGAAACGAAGCUGAAAACUGUGCACUAUGCAUUAUCAAACAGUUUUGGGUUUGGAGGAACAAAUGCGUCUCUAUGUAUAGGCUCCUAUCGUUAA